GAAGGUCAGCAGCCUCGGAAGGGUUCAUAGAAAGUUCACUCGCAUGUAUUAGGCAAUUCAAUCUUUCAUUCUCGGUGGCAAAACUAGUUGGAAAUGAGCUGCACGGGGGGACGGAUAACCCAUUCGUCAUCGGAGAGGAGAACGUGUGCUUUUUAAACGCCGCUCGUCUGAUUCUUGAUAAUAGAAAGAAGGAUCCUCCGGUUGAGGCGGGCUCCACCGCGGCUGGGAACCGGGACGGGAUUCAAGUCAACACGUCGGGAUAUUAUUAUAUUUAUUAUGAAGCAGGAGUCCCGUUCACACGUCCGUGGCAGCGCGCUGACUGGACACGCUGCGAGGAAAGGGCAAAGGAGCAUUUAGAAGAAGCCGUGGAGCGUUUUGGUCCGAAAUAAUUCAUGAUUCCGGUGCGGGACAAGGGAGAACAAGAGGAGCAAAACCGGCCGUGCCAAGAAGAAGAAGAAGAAGAAGAAGAGGGAGGAGGAGGAGGAGAAGGAGGAGGAGGAGGGGGGAAUCAGCGGAGUUUGAUGGAGUUGUAUGCGCUUAUGCCGGUGAUAUUUAUCCAUAACGCACAAGACUAGUUGAACGACGCGCCGUCACCAUGUUUGACUGCAUGGACGUGCUGUCCGUGAGUCCCGGGCAGAUGCUGGAUUUCUACACGUCCAGCCCGUCGUCCUGCAUGCUGCAGGAGAAAGCUCUGAAAGCCUGCAUCAGCGGACUGGCGCACAGAGAGUGGCACCACCGCCGGAGCGCACACUCCAUUGAAACGCAGAGCACCAGUUCUGAGGAGCUCGUCCCCAGCCCGCCGUCCCCGCCAGCCCCUCCCAGAGUCUACAAGCCCUGCUUCGUGUGCCAGGACAAGUCCUCUGGAUACCACUAUGGUGUCAGUGCUUGUGAGGGCUGCAAGGGUUUUUUCCGCCGAAGCAUCCAGAAGAACAUGGUGUACACGUGUCACCGGGACAAGAACUGCAUUAUCAACAAGGUGACGAGGAACCGCUGUCAGUACUGCCGCCUGCAGAAGUGCUUCGGAGUGGGAAUGUCCAAAGAGUCUGUUCGAAAUGACCGGAAUAAGAAGAAGAAGGAGAGCCCAAAGCCGGAGCUGGCAGAGAGCUACGAGCUGACAGCCGAGCAGGAGACCAUCAUUGAAAGGAUUCGUAAGGCCCAUCAAGAAACCUUCCCCUCCCUCUGCCAGCUUGGCAAAUACACCACGAACUCCAGUGCAGACCACCGUGUGAGGCUGGACCUGGGCCUGUGGGACAAGUUCAGCGAGCUGGCCACUAAGUGCAUUAUCAAGAUUGUGGAAUUUGCCAAACGAGUGCCUGGCUUCACGGCGCUGACCAUCGCGGACCAGAUCACGCUCCUGAAAGCCGCCUGUCUGGACAUUCUGAUCCUGCGCAUCUGUACGAGGUACACCCCCGACCAGGACACCAUGACCUUCUCGGACGGGUUGACCCUGAACCGGACGCAGAUGCACAACGCUGGCUUCGGCCCGCUCACCGACUUGGUGUUCACGUUUGCCAACCAGCUGCUGCCCAUCGAGAUGGACGACACGGAGACGGGCCUCCUCAGCGCCAUCUGUCUCAUCUCUGGAGAUCGUCAGGACCUGGAGGAGCCCUCCAAGGUGGACCAGCUCCAGGAGCCGCUGCUGGAGGCUCUGAAGAUCUACGUGAGGAAGCGUCGGCCCAGCAAACCGCACAUGUUCCCCAAAACCCUGAUGAAGAUCACAGACCUGCGCAGCAUCAGCGCUAAAGGAGCAGAGCGCGUCAUCUCUCUGAAGAUGGAGAUCCCAGGAUCCAUGCCGCCGCUCAUCCAGGAGAUGCUGGAGAACUCGGAGGGCCAAGACGGCCAGAGCAGCAGCAGCACUAGUGGCGGCAAGAGCAGCGGCAAAAACAGCGGCAAGAGCAGCGGCAAGAGCAGCGGGAAGAGCAGCGGGAAGAGCAGCGGGAAGAGCAGCGGCAAUUCGGCGGAGGCGGGGGCCAGCCCUAGCAGUAAGGGCAGCCCCGACGAGGACGGCGCUGCCGCUGAGUCGCCGGAGCCGUUGGACACCGAGGAGGCUGCGGCCACACCGCCCAGCGUCGAGCCCUAAGAGGCUCGUUCUGACAUUCCUUUGCACAAUAAAGGAACAGCCAGGCAAGGCGCCGCCCCCUGUAACCCCUCUACCCGACUCCUUUGCUUGAAGUGUCUUGUUAGAAACGGGGAAAGACGGGGUGCAAUGCAAUCCUUCAAACACACUGAUAACCGGACCCUGUGGCUCGAGACGAUUGUACACUAAUGUAGAAAGCACACAGCGGGGCGGGAUCCACAAACCCUCUCCCAACGUUCGCCUUGCUCUUCAGACUUGACAGUCUAAGCUACAUUUAAUGAUGCAAAAGGAGAUUCCUGGCGACCUCUCGACCCCCUGAGAAGUGCAGUCGAGUAAAGCUUCUCUUUGGACGGUAGAUCCAACUGAGCUCUUAAUCUCGUUGGCGGGGAAGUAGGCGGUGUGUCUUGCAUCAGAUGAAAUUAGAAGAUGAUCCCAGAAAGCUGCUUUUUCUCUUCAGCUGAGGUCACACUUGAUACUGAACAAUAAGAAAUAAACUCCAUUAUAUCCUCUUGUAGGACCCAGAUCCCUCGCGAUGCUGCUGCUGAACGGCCGCUCACGUCCAGGACAAACUAACUGUAGCACUUACACACGUGGAAGCUUUGAAAUGUCGCCGCAGGACUGAACUAUACGAAGACUCACAGCAAGUUCAGCUUUAAAGAAAUCAAGCACAAAGGUUACAGAGAAUAUUAAUACUGACCAGCUUUGGAAACGAUGAGUCGGUGUUGAACACUUGUGAAGGUUUGGAACAGAUAUUUGUGCCAGAAGGUCUUGAAUUUGAAUUUAAAAUAAUACGUUUUGUCAUUUCGAGCGUAUGAAGGUUUGAAUUUGCAUUGACUUUGUUUAUACAGGUGUGAAACUGAAUUGAAUGACAUGAGCUCAGAACAUUGACGCGACGUGACAGGAUGUACAUUCUCGACCUCGUGCAGCGUCUUCCUCAGAUGAUCAAGACAACGUGUCACAUUCCAUUAAUGUUAAACGACAUUUGAAAUAUGCAUGUACCUCAGUUUUAAUGCUUACACAGUAAAGUGUUCGUAGAGAACAAGGGAGGUUUGUUCUUGACCUUCAAACAUAGGAACAUAAAUAAGUUCCUGAAACACAGAUUCAAAGUCUGGCACAAAUAUGUUCGCAGAGAAAGUGAAACUGUCGCAGUGACGACACGAGUCCUUCAUUAAAGUACGACGAGCCUUGAGGGCAGUGACGGGUUCUGGGUCGCAGCAGCACAUAAUAAACCAUCUGCAUACCAUCCCUGCUAAGAAAUACAUAUCAUAAGGGAAACCAGAGCAGUUUUGUUUUAACGUGUUUGAAUGUGAUGUCAUGACGUCUGUCAGAAGAAUGAAAUGCAGUGUUAAGGAUACUUCUCAAUGUAACAUAGGAAAUGCUCUCCCUUGGUUCUCUCUGUCUCGCUCUCCUGGUGAGAGAUGAAGGGAGCAUCUUGGUGUUUUAUUUUUGUUUUUUGAAGCUGGAAAACCUUCACAGCCGAAGAAUGUCCACGUCCCCCCCCCGAUGCGUGAGGACGGCCCUCAGGCGCCGGACCAGCACCGGGGACUGUUCUCUGUUCCUGCAGGAAACAACUUCACGAUGCUGAAUUACUCCCGUUCCUCUCUGUUGAAUGUUGUACCGACGUAACUGUAAUACUCUACUAUCUAGCUCACUGCGGAGAUGUUAUAUAAAUGGUGUGUGCUUUGCAUUCCAAUUGGCAGCUCUGUGGAAAAGACGCUCUGUUCUAUUCGUCCUUGGGAAACAUCAACUCACAUCCAAGUGUAAAAAAACAAAAAAGGAGGCGUAAAGGAAGUGGAAGGUGGCGGCUGAUGUUCCCGCUCCGACUCCACGCAACACGUGUUUCAUUUGGGACAAUGAGGAAGAGGGGGGUGGGUGAAACCUCAGCGCUGACACGUUUUGUUUCAUGUCAAACAACAGAGCUGCCCCCUCCCCCGCCUGAGCCAGGAAGCCAAUCAGCUGUCGUCAAUCAAACCCAAUCAAUCGACAGCUAGUUGGUGAACAGUUCAACUCAUGAACGAGGGUUCGACCGAUAAGGGCUUCAGAUAACUGACGGACGCUUUGGGAUUUAAUCAGUCUGAGAGUUACGUGUUUCUUUAAGAGUCAAACUGUCUCGGUUGUUAGGCUUCCCAGCAUGCCUUUCAACUACACCCAAACAACCACCCUCCAAAAGGAAUAUCUUAAAGCUUCUCACCCAACUCUGCAGCACACGGAGCAUUUUAAACUCUUUCAGAGCUUUGUUUUGGUUUUAAAGCCCUUUCAUCAAACUCUCGGUGUGCACGAGCUGCUCAUCAGCAGCAGACACCUUUAGCAACACGCUAACUAGCAACACGCUAACUAGCAACACGCUAACUAGCGACAAGCUAACUAGCAACACAGAUAAAACACGACUGAGUAAACGCUUAUGUUUAUAGUUAUUGUAAAAUAGGCGACUGCAUGCGAACACAUUGCAGCUGGAACAUUGCUCACAUUCUGCCGUUUAGCUAACGAUAUAAUAAUCCAACAAAUCAAAGUCUAAAAAUCUUUUUUUAAGAGUUUUGGGUGAAUUCUCUUUUUAAAUUUGAGCUUUUAAAUUCCUCACAUGCUGCAGGACAGCUGGCAGAGUAAGAGGAAUAAUAAAACUGUUAUGUUAUUCUGACUUUAUUAUUAAUCCGAAUUAGCAAUUUUAUAUCAUGCUACAUAUUUUUAGCGGCUCGUUAAACAGACAAACUGCAGCUACCGUUUAAUAAACUGAAUUUAUUCUGAUGUAACCGUCACCAAUUUGUUCUUGACACUAAUUCUUUGUAGAAAAGUCUCAACAUCUGACUCAUCAUUUUUAAUUACUCUGAACAAUAGAAAACACAAAACCGUGUCGUUACUGGUCUCAACAGUCAGUUUCAGCCCCACGCGUCGGUCUGACCCCGGACACAACCGCUCACCAACACGUGAACCUCAGAAUCAUCGACCUGCAGCUCUGUUGUCGUCCUCGAGGUGUUCGUCUUCACAAACACAGUCGCCUUUUUUCAGCAUCAGAGAACCUCACCACCAAUCACACGCAGUGUUGUACAGUCGUGUUAAUAUGAGACGUGAUGGUCACGUCUGGCUGGGCAUGAGGGUGGGAGGGGCGGGGCUUGUUGCCCUGCUGCCUUCCCAUUGGGUGAAGUCGAACUCAGCUGCUCUGAGGUUUCAGCUUCAGUCUGUUUCAGCUCUCCAUUUUAAAUAUUGUCUUUGUUUGUACAUUAACAUAUGCUUUUUAUGUUCAUAUACUGUUAAACUUUACCAUGAACUGUCCUGGCAAAGUAAUAAAAUAUAUUUAUUUUAAA